UACUCAUAUUAAAGAUAAACGUUAAAUAUGUGACAUGUCCACACAAAAACAAAAUCUUCUAUGGUUCUGUCUUUAAUGGCUUUGGUGAUAGGAGCAUGGACAUAUUUCUUCAUUGCAAUUAUGUCAGUUGCAGCAUCAAAAUCAUCACCACUACAACUAGAGAAAGAAGCACAAGCUCUUGUUAACAGUGGUUGGUGGAAUGACUUCACCAACCAUGCUCCAACUCGUUGUCAAUGGCCAGGUAUAACAUGCAACAAUGAAGGAAGCAUUACAAACAUUUCAUUGCCACCUGAAAUUCAAUUAGGAGACAAGUUUGGUAAAUUCCAUUUCUCAUCUUUCACAAACCUUGUUCACCUUAAUUUAGCUUCACAUGGAAUCAUUGGUAACAUUCCAUUUGAACUAGCUACUCUUUCCAAACUCAUUUUUCUUGACGUUUCUUCUAAUGAUAUUGAGGGUCAUAUACCAUCAAAUAUUUGGAGUCUAAAAAAUUUGAUAACCCUUAACCUUUCUAGAAACAAGCUUAAUGGUUCAAUUCCAUCUUCUAUAGGUCAGUUGACUAAGUUGACUUUUUUACAUCUUGAUGCUAAUAUGUUUAGUGGGUCUAUUCCUCUAGAGAUAGGAAGGUUGCAAAAUUUGAUCCAUUUGGAUUUGAGUCAUAAUAGUUUUUUUGGUCUAAUACCUAUUGAGAUUGGUUCAUUGAAAAGUUUGAAGUAUUUAUCUCUUAGUAUAAACAAUUUGAGUGGCUCUAUACCAUUAGAAAUAGGGAAUUUGAACAACCUUCUAUAUCUUGAUCUUAGUGAUAACAAUCUUGGUGGUGAAUCACUUUCUUUUUUGUACAAUUUGAUAAAUUUGAUUGAGCUAAAUUUGUCCAGAAAUAAUAUUUCUUCUAUCAUGUCACAUGAGCUUGUAAAAUGGACACAAUUGGAGCAUAUGAAAAUUUCAGACAACAAAUUUUUUGGUGUAAUACCUUCUGAGAUAAGAAAAUUGUCCAAACUGUUGGUUCUAGACUUUUCUAGAAACAUGUUUUAUGGAGAUAUUCCAACUAGUCUUUCAAAUUGCUCUAACUUGAAAGUGUUAAAUUUGAGCCAUAACAAUAUAACAGGAAGCAUUCCCUCUCAUAUUGGUGAGCUUGUUAACCUUGAUUUAAUUGAUCUAAGUCAUAACUUAUUAAGUGGUGAAAUACCUUAUCAACUUGGGAAUGUGAAAUACACAAGAGUAUUGGAUCUUAGUCAUAAUCACCUCAUUGGUACCAUUCCAAGUUCAUUAGUAUUGUUGAGGAACAUUGACUUGUCCUAUAAUUCUCUUGAGGGUAAGAUUCCUUCUAGUCUCCAAGAUACUGUCGCGCCGAACGCGUUUAUUGGAAAUGAGUUUUUGUGCAACCAAUUUAGAUAUUCAACUACUUGUUACUCCUCUCCUACCAAAACAAACACUAGACUCAAGACUCAUAUGAAGAUUUUCAUUCCACUCAUAUCUUUUCUUGCUCUUCUAUGCUCUUUGUAUGUGUUCCUAUGUUGGUGUAAGGCUUGUAGUUUCAUUUCAAGAACACAAACUACGAAGAAUGGUGACUUUUUUUCAAUAUGGAACUAUGAUGGUAAAAUUGCUUAUGAAGAUAUAAUUGAAGCAACAGAGAAUUUUGACAUCAAAUAUUGCAUAGGCGUUGGUGGUUAUGGUAGUGUUUAUAAAGCAAAUCUACCUAGUGGUAGAGUAGUGGCAUUGAAGAAACUCCACAAUUUAGAAGCUAAUGAACCAUUGAUUAGAAAGAUUUUCAAGAAUGAGGUGAGAAUGUUGACAAAGAUAAGGCAUAGAAAUAUUUUGAAGCUUUAUGGUUUUUGCUUGCACAAUAGAUGCAUGUUCUUGGUUUUGGAAUAUAUGGAAAAGGGAAGCUUGUAUUGUGUUCUACGCAAUGAUGUUGAAGCAGUGGAAUUGGAUUGGUGUAAAAGGGUUGAGAUUGUGAAAGGAAUUGCAAAUAGCUUAUCUUACCUUCAUUAUGAUUGCGAGCCAGCAAUUAUUCACAGAGAUGUGACUACCAAAAAUGUUCUCUUGAACUCAGAAAUGGAAGCUUGUCUUUCUGAUUUUGGCAUAGCUAGACUUCGAAAUUCUAGUUCGUCGAACCGGACAGUCCUUGCAGGCACAUAUGGAUAUAUUGCACCAGAACUUGCUUAUACUGACAGUGUCACAGAGAAAUGUGAUGUAUACAGCUUUGGAGUGGUUGCUCUUGAAAUUAUAAUGGGAAAGCAUCCUGGAGAACUUGUUUCAUCAUUAAGAUUUUCAUCCACUAGGAACAUUCUCCUUAAAGAUUUAAUAGACAAGAGACUAAUAGCAACUAUAAAUCAACAAUCUGCUCAGAGUUUAAGCCUUAUAGCAACACUAGCCUUUGAAUGUGUUCAUUCUCAGCCAAGGUGUAGACCAACAAUGCAAAUAGUGUGUGACAAACUUGUCACAGGAAAGCCCUCACUAACUAAACCUUUUGAAGAAGUUUCAAUAAGGAUGAUGUUAAAUUAGGAGUUAUAACUUAUGUAGUACCAAUACAUAAUAUUGAAAGUGUGUUUGUUUUUCGACUUCUAUUAAAUAAUGGUCACGGUCGAGGUCGCGUUAAGGAUUUCUAGAUUUUGGUGGUUAUACGUUAAGGAUUGUGAUUGUCGCGGUGUAAAUUAAUCGUAACAUAGCACAAAUCUUGUUAAAAUCAUUUAUACUAUUUGAUAAUAUGAUAUAA